AUGCGUAACCGGCCCAAGGGCGUGUGUCUUUGUUUUCAAAAGGCACCACGCCCUGAAGCUAAGCAGAUUCUGCAGCAGGGACCUUGCGGUGGCCUCGGUUAUGUUGAUGUUGGGAGGUGGGCUGACCGACCUUAUCGUUUGCUCAGCAUACUUCUCCUACGACUCGGCCGAACAUCUGCCUACAGAGGAACUGAGGGCUGUAGUGAAACACUGCCGCAGAGAAGGGCUGGACCUUGUGAUCGAGUGRACGCUAACAAGCACCACGUCACAUGGGACAGCUCACAUACAAAUAUGAGAGGGACGGCUUUGCUGGAAUACCUCUCGUCGUCGAAUCUGGAGAUCCUCAACAGGGGAUCCAGACCAACCCUUGUCACCUCAAGGAGACAAGAGGUGAUUGACUCAACACUGGGCACCCCUAGAGUUGCUCAUUGGCUGGAGGAGUGGCGAGUGGACGAUGAGGAUUCACUCUCGGAUCACCGCCGCAUCCUCKUCAAGCUCAGGACUGAGACGGAACAGCACGUUCUCAGGACCUACCAAAACCCAAGAGCCGCUGACUGGGCUCUCUACAAGAGGGACCUAGAAGGCAGGCCCAGGGGUAUAAGCGGAGGGCUAAGAACUAAGGGUCUGAUUGAGGAACGGGUGAGCCUACUCUUCUCUUCCAUCACUCAGGCCUUCGAAGCUGCUUGCCCUCUCAGGACACGGGGGGGCAGGACAAGAGUAGCAUGGUGGAGCAAGGAGUUGAGCUCACUGCGCUCGAGUUCUCGCCGCCUCCUAAAUAGAGCCUUAAAAUCAAAUAGCUCUGAAGAUUGGGCUAAUUAUAGGAACGAGCAGAGGGCCUAUAAGAAGCUCAUCAAAAAAUCCAAAUGCGUGGCCUGGGGAAAAUUCUGCUCCGAUGUUGAGGCCCUUCCUCUAGUAGCUAAACGUCGCAGAGUCCUCGCCAAUGGCCUACAACCAAGCCUUGGUAGACUCUCUCUUCCGAACGGGGAGCAGCUUGAGAAACACGAGGACAUCCUUGUCCACCUAUUUGAGGUACACUUUCCGGGAUCCGGCCAGGUCGAGAAAACCCCCUGA